GAACAUAUCGCUGUUGCACAGGUCCUUAAACGAAGGUCCGUUGUGGCUGCCUGUUUUUCUUUUGUCAGGAAGUGCUGCUCAAAAAAAACAAAUUAUCGCAUCAAAGGACGUUUCUUUCCGCCAACAGAGUGGAAGUUGAAACUAUGGCUGGACCUGUCACUUUGGAUUUGGAUCCCAUCUUCCUUAAGGGAUUGAGUUACCUGCACUCCAAGAGUAAAGACUCGGUUGAUAAACUCAAAGCUUUACUAGAUGAGUCCCUCUCAAGAGGAAGUGACUCAUCUUACCGCUCAUCACAAAAAGAUAUAGAGGUUUCCAAGGGGUCUGUGUCAAAACUGAGCUUAAGUAAACAGGACUCAAAGUCCUCAAAUUCUUCUUCCUCCAGCAGCAGCAGCAGCAGUAUCAAACCAGAGAAAAGCAAAAAAGAGGCAGAGAAGAGACCGUCUGAGAAGGUUAGAAUUGACUUGGUUGACGUGGACCCACCGAAAAAGCCUCGUUUGGAGAAACAGGAGAAUCGCUCUUCUCCAAUAACCGUUCAGACGAGUAAAGACCUCCUGUCAAACGUUAACGACAACGAUGAGACCAAUGCUGAUGACUUUGCCAUGGAAAUGGGCUUGGCUUGUGUUGUUUGCAGACAAAUGACGGUCACUAUGGGAAACCAGUUGGUGGAGUGCCAAGAGUGUCACAAUCUGUACCACCAGGACUGUCACAAGCCCCAGGUGACAGACAAAGAAGUGAAUGACCCAAGACUUGUGUGGUAUUGCGCUCGCUGCACCAGGCAAAUGAAACGUAUGGCCCAGAAACCUCCACAGAAGCCGUCCCCUGGAUCUGCGUCAUCAGCGCCUGUUGUAAAAGACACACUUGUCAAAAAGACAGAGAUGAAAUCCAAACCAGACACAGCCAGCACCUUCCAAGCCUUCAAAAGAACCGAACUGAAGGCGUCCGCAACGUCAGCCAAUCCCACCACUAACAGCUCCUCCUCCAGCAGUGGUCUCACAGGCUGGGCUGCAUUUGGUGCCAAGACCAGCUCUGCUCUUCCUCCAAGCUCCAAACUGGGCUCCUCUGGACCAAGUGGAAGCAGUAAGACCUUAGCAGCUCCCUCUAGCCAGAAACCUGUUGGGCUCUCUGGACUAGCUGGAGCAAAGUCAGGACCUGGGAGUGCUAAGGUACCUGCUGGGGGCAAUGGAAGCAGCUCCAGCCAGGUGUCUCAGAAACCUCCUCCUCUGACCUUGGGUAAGCAGCCACUUAACCGUUCCUCGAGUGGUGAAAGUCAAGGGAAAGGCUCUGCUUCGUCAGGGGGAGGCUCCCCGAGCAGCUCCCAGGCAAGUGCAGGGGGAAACGGGGGCAGUAACGGAGGGGGCAACGGGAACAAUGGGAAUGGGUCAAAGGCUGCAGCAGGGGACAAAGCACCAACUUCUCAAGAGUCCCAGCUCAAUGCUAUGAAACGUCUUCAACUGGUAAAGAAGAAAGCGGCGCAAAAGAAACUGAAGAAAUGAGUAGCGAUGGAAACAAAUGGUAUAGAGGAGAAGAAGAUCUGAGGGAGUAGAAAAUAAACCUGUCAAAAGUGUGAAUUUGGUGACAACAUUGUUUUACAGUCAAAUACUUGAAUCUUACUUUGUGUAAAUGCUGCUGGACUAUGUGUCGUUCUGCUCUAACAAAUAUAAACAUUGCAAAAGUGACUGUCGUUUUUUAAUCAACAAAUGUUAUUAAAUAAUCCUCCUCUUAUAAA